CCCCGAGUCCUCGACCUGGCGGGGCCAGAACAGGCGGACUCUGCGGGUCGGGAUCUUCCCGGCGUCGGUGGUGAGCCCGGAGGAAUCGCCCACUGCUGGGGUGCCCCGGAUCAGCCUCCCCGUCCGCAACAGCUUCCAGCACGUGGGGCACGGUGACCUGGACCCCAGCCGCAGCUGGGGAGCCCCUGACCGCAUCGAGGAGACGCAGGGGAAGCCCCGGGACCCAAAAGAGCCAGGCGGGAUCAAGCCGGGGAGCCAGCAGCUUCUCCGGCUGACGC